AUGGCUAGUCGUGACUCUGGAAGAGAAUUUGUCAACGAUGAUUAUACGGUUGGCUGGGUUUGUGCCAUAACGCCGGAGCAUGUUGCUGCACGAGUUUUCCUCGACGAAGAACACGAAUUGCCGGAUUAUGUAUCUCCAAAUGACAACAACAGUUACAUUCUGGGAAGGAUUGGAAAACAUAAUGUCGUCAUCGCUGUCUUACCUCACGGAGAAUACGGGAUAUCUUCUGCAGCAAGCGUGGCUAGAGAUAUGCUACACACCUUUCCGAACAUUAGAAUUGGUCUUAUGGUUGGUAUUGGAGGGGGGGCUCCCAGUGAAAAGCAUGACAUUCGCCUAGGAGAUGUGGUGGUUAGCGUUCCUCGCGAUGGAGAGGGUUGUGUGUUUCAGUAUGACUUUGGCAAAACUAUCCAAAGUCAAACCUUUCAUUCGACAGGAUUCUUAAAUCAAACGCCAACAAUUCUAAGGACGGCGGUAAGCGGCCUGGAAAGUCAAUAUGAAAUAAACGGACACCAGAUUCAAGAAACAAUUGAGGCUAUUCUCACUAAAAUCCCAAGGUUAAGUAGCAAAUACAAGCGGCCGAGCCUAGACACGGAUAGGCUCUACCGAAGCAACGUCCUUCACUCUUCUGCCGACGAUACAAGCUGUUGCUCCCACUGUGGUGACAGUCCGCCGAAUUUAGUAGUACGUCCCAGACGGGACAGCAGCGAAGAUGACCCAGCAAUCCACUACGGCCUGAUUGCCUCUGCGAAUCAACUGAUGAGAAAUGCCGAGGUUAGGGAUAAGUUGGCUGCCGAAAAGGAUAUCUUGUGCUUCGAGACGGAAGCGGCUGGUUUAAUGAACCAUUUCCCCUGCCUAGUUAUUCGUGGUAUAUGCGAUUACGCCGAUACGCAUACAAACACGGAAUGGAGGGGUUACGCAGCGAUGGUGGCAGCUGCGUAUGCAAAAGAUCUUCUCUGCCGGAUUCCUCCAAAUCGAGUUGAAGCCCUGAAAAGAAUGGAUGUUUUUUCUGAUAUCUCAGAGGGCAUUUCCGGUAUUCUCCAGAAGCAAAAAAGCGAACAUCGUGAAGAAGUUCUUAAUUGGCUUACCCCAACCAAUUAUGCCUCUCAGCAGCAUGACUACUUCAGAAUUUGGCAGCCAGGAACAGGAAAUUGGUUCAUAGAUUCUACCCAGUAUCAGGCGUGGUGCAAUACACCGGGAGAAUUACUAUUCUGCCAAGGAAUUCCAGGAGCCGGGAAGACUAUCUUAGCAUCCCUGGCGAUCGACCAGCUUACUACAAAAUUCCAUGACAACAUGGAUACUGGGAUUGCAUACAUCUACUUUGAUUACCGCCAGAGAGAAGAAAGAGCUGAAAAGUUGCUGCUCAGCCUCUUAAAACAAUUGGUGCAGAAAAGAGCUUCUCUACCCGCAUAUAUAAGUGCCCUGUACGAACAGCACAAGGACCAAAGAAUCCCACCGUCAUUGGAGGCAAUAUCACUGGCCCUGCAAGAAGUGGCAAAAGACUAUUCGCAAGCUUAUAUCAUCGUUGAUGCACUUGAUGAGUGUUCCAACGACUGUAGGAUGAGAUUUUUGACGGAGAUUCUCAGUCUUCGGAAUAAAUCAGCAGUGAAUAUAUUCGCAACUUCAAGGCCUAAUGCAAACAUUGCCAGCAAAUUUAAAGAUGGCACGCUCAUUGAAGUCAGUGCUAGAGACGAAGAUAUACGUGAAUAUCUGAAUGGAAACAUGCACCGGCUACCGGAUUUCGUUUUCAACGAUGUUCAACUGAGAAGUGAGGUUGAGACAAUGAUUAUCAAUUCGGCACAGGGAAUGUUUCUUCUUGCCAAGCUACAUCUGAACUCAUUAGUCGGUAAAGUCACGAUUAAGGACGUUCGGAAUGCCCUUGAAAAGCUAUCUGUUGGAUCGGAAGCAUGCGACCACGCUUACGAAGAGAUGAUGAAGCGAAUAGACAAUCAGCACCCCGAUCAAAAAGCAUUCGCUAUGCGGGCUUUAUCAUGGAUCUUUUACGCAAAAAGGCGACUUUCCGCGACAGAACUCCAGCACGCCCUCGCGGUGGAAAAUGGUUCACAUGAAAUCGAUAGCCGAAAUUUCACCAGCAUCGAGGAUAUUGUACUCAUGUGCGCAGGCUUACUUACUGUUGAUGAAGAGACUGAUAUCAUCCGAUUGGUUCACUACACAGCGCAAGACUAUUUCGACCGGACACAGGCAACGUGGUUCACAAAUGCUGAGAGAGACAUUACAAGGUCUUGUGUUACAUAUCUCUCUUUCAGCAUCUUUGACUCUGGAUUCUGUGCUACUGAUGUCGACUUCGAGCAGCGACUGUCUUCCAAUCCAUUUUACAGUUACGCUGCACAACAUUGGGGGCAUCAUGCUCAGAGUGCUUCACCAUUGCCCCAAGAAGUUACGGCCUUCCUUAAAUGCGAUGUCAACGUGCAAGCGUCAAGUCAAGCAUUGAUGGCUCUUAAGCCGACCUGGAAAGACUCAAAUUAUAGUCAAUUAGUUCCUAGGAAGAUAACCGGACUACACCUGGCGGCACAUUUCGGAAUUAUCGAAAUAAUAGGAAUCCCAUUCAACGAUCAGGAGCCAGACGCAGGGGAUGAUUUCGGUCGGACACCACUUUCGUAUGCUGCUGGUAGCGGGCAUGAUGCGGUAGUCAAGCUUCUGCUUCGUCAACACAACGUCAAUCCCAACUCUCAAGAUAAGAAUGGCCAAACGCCGCUAAUGUGGGCGGCAAAGAGAGGGCAUCUUGCAGUUGCCGAGUUAUUGCUUAUGGCUGAUGGACAUAUCAACUCUGAGAAUAAGGACGGCGAGUCGUCAUUGUUUCUUGCCUCUCGGCAUGGCCAUCAAGAAAUAGUCGAUAUCCUCCUUGCUCAAACCGGUAUUGAUGUUAACAGUUUGAGUCAUAGGGCCUCAACGCCACUAAUGAUUGCAUCAACUUAUGGACACUUGCAAAUAGUUCAACGGCUCCUUGUGCAAAAGGAUAUUCAUAUCAAUUUGAAAAAUCAAAAGGGUCGGUCAGCGUUACAUUCAGCUGUAGCAUACGGAUACACACAGAUUGUUCAAUUGCUGCUCAGUCAAAAAGACAUCAACAUCAAUACAAGGGAUGAAGACGGUUGGACACCACUACAUCCAGCUUCAGAAUAUUCAUAUUUACAAAUUGUUCGAUUAUUAGUCGAUCAAAAAGGUAUCAACGUUAACGCCAAAGGGAAUGAUGGCUGGACACCAUUACAUUUUGCUGCAUGUCAUGGGCAUCUCAAAGUCAUUCAGCUCCUCCUUAGUCAGAACAACAUCGAAAUCAAUUCCGAGGAUCAAGAACUUCUAACACCACUGCAUGUAGCUUCAAGGAGUGGAAAACAUGAAGCUGUUCAACUGCUGCUUAACCACAACAGCAUUGAUACCGAUGUUAAAGACAUCGAUGGUCAAACUCCACUUCAUUGGGCUUCAGAAAAUGGACAUUUUGAAGUCAUGAAACUGCUACUAAGCAAAACCACUGUCAAUAUUGAUUCCAAAACCAUCCAUGGUUGGACACCAAUCCAUCAUGCCUCGAGGAAUGGGUUCUUUAGAGUCGUGAAGUUGCUUCUUGAACAUGGAGCCGCCGUAAAUGCCAGAACCAAUCAUCAUACAACACCAUUGCAUAUGGCCUCAUGUCAUGGACAUUACGGAUUAGUUAGACUUCUCAUUGAACAUGGCGCUGAGAUGAAUAGUGUUGAGAUUAAUGGCUUCACACCAAAACAGAUGGCUUUGAUGAAUAGACAUGUGUCAGUAGCUGAUUUACUUUCUUGA